UUUUUUCCAAGACUGGCUCAUCUCAGUGAAAAACUGGUGAAAAAGGAUCAGAGAAAGGUGGAAGACACGGCGGCAGCAAAUAGACCCUCGGAAGUGGAAAAAGACUUCGCUGCUUUUUUUGACAACGAGAGAAUGGACGCCAUAGAAAAAAUGCAAACCGUUUAUGGAUCUGAGGAAGACAAUGACAUUGGUAUCUCUUACCCUCGACUAGCCUGCAUGAUAUUUGAGGUGAGAAAAAUCGAAAAAGAUAUUCAUUUUGUUCUCUUUUUUUUGACAGCUGGAAAGCUGCGAUAUUUUAAUAUUACUGAUUAUGGCUGGUUACUGUCGUAACCCUUCCAAUCAAACAUCUAGUAACAUAUAUUAAAGUUCAUCCUAUUUUCCAUAAGAAGUCUGUAGCCAAAACUUUACUUAGGAGGGCUGACUGUCUACCAUCAUCACUCGAUUCGAAGGCUGAGGAGAGGAAAUUAUGUUUCCAAUGUCCUAAAGGAAAAUGGCUAUACAAAAACUUUUCUCCGUAACUGCCAAAAACCAGUUACAAAUAGUAACGCUCUUGAUGAAAGGGAACCAGCGACUGGUUUUGCUGUUAUUCCUUACAUACAGGGUGUUACUGAACCCAUCAAGAGAAUUUUGAAUAGCCACAACGUUAAAGUUGCUCAAAAACCUUUUCAGACUUUGGGGCAUAUUUUCGCCAAACCUAAGGAUCCUGUCACGAAAGAACAACGAACCGACGCCAUUUAUUCUAUUCCUUGCAAUGACUGUGACAACGAAUACAUCGGACAGACCAAACGCCAGUUUGGUACACGGUUAAAAGAGCACCAAAAAGCGGUUUUUCUUUGCAAAAAGGAAAAUUCAGCUUUAUCGGAGCAUACUUGCCUAACCAACCAUACAAUUGCGUGGGAUAAUUCCAAAAUUAUCACCACUAAUCGGCGUUACCACCAGCGCCUUUGUUUGGAGGCUUGGCACAUUAACUCCGCCCACGCCCCUUUAAAUCGUGACGAUGGUGGUCUGCUUCCUGACGCCUAUUUACACCUCGUCAGAAAAAAGGCCGCUAAUUAGUGAUCAUAUAAAAGGACCUCUUGUUGUAGCAUUUAGAUCACCCCUGAUGAAGGCACUAGACAGGAGUGUGGAAACGUUGGGUCUAUGAAUUGUAACUUCUUCGGUUACAUUCAUUAAAUCUGCAAACCAGUGUAGCAUCAAACUAUGUCUGAUCUAGUAACACUUGUGAAAUAUUUUUCCUGAAAGGCGGCUUACGAAAAGACGACCGAAGCAAAGGAUUCAGCACUUCAUGUUUUCAGAGAAACAAUCAAUGAAAUGAUUAAGAAAGCUCCAGAACUGGGAGAAGAUUACUUGCUUUCGGAAAAGGUAUACAAUAAAUUCUUACACUAAAGCUGGCAAAAAUAGCUUUAUCUCGCUAAUCUGAGAUUAUGGCUAUAACUUGUGUUCCUUGUCAGGUUAAAUCAGAAAGGGAACCAAAUCUAAAAUGAAUGGCUUUCGGUGCCUUUUCCGAGAAUUACUGUCAUGGUAAGACUGAAAGAGUGAUCCAGUAGUUUGGAAAACUCGGUGUUGUUGUUAAAAUUGUAUUUUGAUCCCGAAAUUUGAACCUCUCAUUUCACUGCUAAAGGAAUUACACGGAAGUUUUGGAAGACCACUUUGCCACGAUCUGAAAAUAAAUAAUUAAAUCGUAUGAACUGCACACGCGUUUCGUGAUUUCUGGUAACUAUUGAUGUUUUGAUCAGUGGUUUUCAAAGUUUUUAAUGUUUCUGCUGGUGUUACAAUAUUAUUGCCAAAACACGAAGAAAAAACCUUGAGACAAUAGACUUCUAAAUGCACUCGUGUUCGUGCGAUUUCCCUGCCGAAGGAAAAAUCAAUGUUAGUUUCAUUUCUCAGACGAUAAAUGAGAAUUUGAUGACUUAGGACCUUAACUGAGUAUUGCUUUCAAAAUAUUUAUUAAAAAACUUAUUGAAAGCAUCCGCUUUUUUGAUUGUACUUCACAAUUUUUAGUUUAAUUCUCAUCUUUUUUACUCUUUCCUGUGAUGAUCAAGUACAAGCUAUCGUCACACAGAGUCACUUUGAAGAUAUCAACAUACAGCCAGGAACUGAAAUACCCGACCGAGGUUCUAGAUGCUCUCAUGCUUUCCUUGAAAGAAACUGCGCACCUUUGCAGUCUUGAGUCCAUGAAAGAGGUAUGUUAGUAAUAGCUAUAUAGUUAACUGCUUUGAGUUCCCAUUCAAUUUUUACAAAGCCUCCUAUCAUCUCUUACAAAAGGGGAAAAUCCUUUAAAGACAUGCUUGUGAGAGCAAAAAUUUACUUAGAAGGCGAUUGUGCGUCGCGACUAUAAAAGCCAUAUGGGGAGUCCGUGCCGGUCUGUCUUUACCUUUAUUCUCAUGGCAAUAUCAAGUGAAUAUCCAGCAUGUCAGUUAGCGAUCAAAUUCGCCGCGAUCGGCGAAUAAAAUCGCAAAGUGCAAAGUCAUCGGUUUAACUAACUUCGUAUUCGUAGUCCGCACUGUAAAUUACGAAUUCUCGUUUUUGCUGCCCUCAUUAGAUUUGAGUGGGAAAAGAUAUGUUCCUAACUCACUGCACUGACCUCGAACUUGGUUAGUAAGAGGUAGUUUCUCUUUACAUUUGUUUGGUCCAUUUCGCUUGCAAUGAGGGCUUAGACCUUCUAAAAGUCUCGAAAAUUGACCUGAAACUGGCUUUUUCAAUUGGAAAGAGCUGGCCCCUCCAAAUGAGAAAUCAACUCACCGCCCGUUCGGCCAGGGCUCUUAGCAAGGUCAACAGAACUAAAACUUGAAAUACAAAGUGCAAAGGAACCAGAUUGUGCGAUUAAUGAAAUAAAUAGCCCAAAGAGAGAUAGAAAAUUGUAUUUAUUAAUGGAACAUUGAUAAAAAUGGGGACUUUAAUAUUUAUGCUAAUCAUACAAAGUCGAGCAUGGUGGAAUAUUAGGUAGCCAUGGUGACAUAAAAGAUAACAUACGAAACAAACAUUGCUAUUUAGUAAAAUGACUAACAUGGGUUGGAUUCUACGUCAGUGUUUAAAUGAAGGAAUCGAAAAUAUCCUAACCUUUUCAGCCACUUCAACUUGAAUAUCUAUAAUGGUUACCAGACAAUGGGGUUGAUUCGACUUAACUACUUUUUUCACAUAAACGCUCGAAAAGAUUGGAUUGCGAAACGGUUACCCAUGUCAGCGAUUCAAGCCGAUUAAUAAUCGUCCUGAGAUCGUAAGGUCCUCUUCACAUAUACGAACCAGAGCCGAUUUGUAGCCCGCGUAAAACAUCGCAGAGAGUACUUUUUUAAGAGAAGACACUUUAGAUAUUCUUGUAUGGUUAAGGCCCCAUUCAGCAGGCUGUUGUGGACCAAUGGUUUGAAAAGUUUGCAGAGUAAGUAAAUCAAGUGAAUAUCUUUUGUGCAGCUUUUCUGUUACAUGCAAGAAAGAUCACACCAUGAUCCUAUUUUUUAAUUUUGAAGAAGUUUACUUCAUUCGUCUAUUCGGCCAGUGUGAGCCAGGUUCCACAUGUAAUUGCGUCUUUUUCAGGAUGUUCGGCGAAAAGUCACGGAAAAGUGGGCAUCAUGGCUCGCCAGCGAAAAAUCGUGUAAAUUCUCUUUCUCCAAUCAUUUGCUGAUUCAACUCAAGGACUACGUUCAGGCGUGCAUCCUGCUAAGUUGGCGUAUGGUCGUCCAGGUUCCACCCAUGCAACUGGAGUAUAGGUGUACCACUUUAAAAAAUUUCCAUAGGAAGGUGGGAUACCACAGCAGUCCAGAGAUGUGUUCAAGGCCCCCUCCGAGUGGACAAGGCGCGGCCGGUGAUGAGAUUGCAUGCUAUUUGUGGCCUGCACUUUUAGACGGUGGAGGACGAGUCAUUCGACCUGGAGAAGUCCUUUGUAAAGUGGAAGCUGAGGCGAUAUAA